AUGUCGGUUCUAAGACAUGGUGGAGGAGGCGGUGGCUUCCUCCAGCGACGCCUCACAAAACUAUAUACCGAUACCAAAACCUCAUGCGAAAGCGUCACAACGGCUUCAAAGGCCGUCGACGACCCUGAACUCGUCGCCCUCCACACCAGUUUCCAGAAACAGAGAGAUCGCUUGCUAGCAUGGGGUCUAGAUUGGAGCGAUGCCAGCGCGGCCCAGCCCAAUGAUAUUGACGAAUCCUUGACUGCUGCUGGAUUCAGUGAUGUCGUCGAGAGUGUCAUGUCAUCGAUACAAGAGCUUCUUAACGAUGCUGAACAAAUACAACAUAUCGAUGCGCCACCCCUCCCCUCUAAAGAACGAAAGAUCGAUCUCCCGUCGAAGGACACUCUUGGCAGCCGGCCACUCAAGACACAAUGGACAGAGGAGGAUAUAACUCGCUCAAAGACAAUCUUGAACGAACUUACUGGCUGCAUUGAUACCCUAUAUGACUUGUCGCGCUCGCGCCGCACGAUGGCGUCUAGUAUGUCGUCAAGUAGGAUGGGGCGCAAGCUGCGCGCUAGUCCUGCAUCACCUUAUGAUUCAUCGCAUGGCGCAUUUGGUGAGUCAAAAGAGAAAGUCCAGAGCCCGAAGCAAUUGUUCGACCCAUACUCAUACUCGCCGUCGACGCCACACCACGACUCCAAUCCCUUCCUCCCGUCGAACCGCCUCCUCAUUGAGCGCUCGGCUCUUCAGCUAUAUGGAGCGGCCCAUGAUAAUAGUCCUCCGCCGUAUGAGCCUAUUGCGGCUUCUUCCAAUUCUCGCGCAAUUGGUCGCUUAAACUCUUCGGCGUCGCCGAUUCUCGCCUCUAUGAAAGAGUCGCAUGUAUCUGUCCUGGUCGAAUUCAUUCCCAUAAUGAUGGACGCCAAGUUGAGCCCCAAGAGUUCUCGAUUGGAAAAGCUUCAGCAGUCUUUGGAACAAUUGCUGCAGAAUGCCAGAAUAUCCCAUCUAGGUCUGAUGCGAUUCCUGGGUUAUUGCAUUGACCAACCCAAUGCUCGCUAUGCAUUCCUCUAUCAGAUGCCAGUCGACUAUUUCCCAUUCCUUCAGAACCCUAGUGACUUGUUGAAAGAACUGAAGCCCAAGCCAUUGGUGGCUCUCCUCCCUUCAGCUGAAGACUACCGAGAGAAACGAGUUCCAAACCUCGACACUCGCUUUCGAUUGGCUUAUGAUCUGCUGAUGUCUGCUCUUCACUUGAGAAGCCAGAACGCCGUUCAUGGUAACAUCAACAGCAGCAACGUUAUCUUCUUCCCCGGUCGAGAUGAUGCUAGUGAUGACGAGAGUGGACUUGCACCGGAUCUCCGUCGUCCUUAUCUAACUUCUCCUGCACGAUUCUCUGGCGAUGGACCCACACCUGAACCCUUGUCUUCGGCAAUGUACCGCCAUCCUGAGGACAAGAGAUCUGUUGAGGAUGAUGGCGCAUGGGCAUAUGAUCUGUAUUCCCUUGGUCUCAUUCUCCUGGAGAUUGGAUUAUGGGCUCCAGUUGGUCGUCUCUGGAAGAUGAAGUAUGAUCGUACAUGGUUCAAGCAUCGCGUGGAAGAUCUUUACGUCAAGAAGCUUGGCCCGAAGUGCGGUGGCGCUUAUCUUCAAGCUGUUCAGCUAUGUCUUGAUGCCCCCAACUUCCAUCUGUCAACACAACCAAUGACCGAUCUUGGUCUUCGUGUGCCUCAGAUCUACCACUACCCAGUUCUUGACCUUUCAGAACCUGACGGCACUUUCUCCUUCUCAAUGAACUUUAUGUAUACGAUUUGCAAGAUUCUGUGGUCUUGCUGCCGAAUCGACAUCUUCUCAGCACCUGGGGCAGAGGAGUUGGACGACUGCCUUCCCCUCGCGCUUGUCCCAAUUCCCGAAACUCCUGAACCCCUCACUAUCCAGGACAAGGUUAAUGCCUACAAAGCAAAACACGACUUGACCAACUUGGAUAAGAAGCUCCCCAGCAUUCCGCAACAGGAAUGGACUCCUCCUUCAAAUGACGAAAAGGCUUUUGAGAAGCCUGCUAAGAAGCGCACUGUCAAGAGGCUUCCACACCUGGAAAUCCCAGAUGAUCACUUACAGGAGUGGAAUUUCCACAUGAUGCCCCGCUUGAGUCGUCUGCUUCAAAAGAUUCUGAAAGAGUCAUCCGAGUCUUGUGGGGUCAACCUCAUCAUGACUGGCGAGUCUGCUGAAAGCGCGAGAACAACCAUUUGUGUUACUUGCGCUAGCGUGAAGAAGGUACGAUUCGCUUUGAAGAAGCACUUCUCUCUUGGUCGGGAUGAUUGGGACCUGAUCGUACUGCGCGGCGAUAUCGAAAGAUCCAAAGUGCCUCGCAACAAACGCCGCCGGCCAGCUAAGACUCGUCCGAAUGUGUCGAAUGCAACUCCCUUUCGCCAGCGAGAGCUCAACCCAUGUCAUCAGCAACGACCGCUUUGCGGAGCAUCCAUUGGCGCUUUUCAAAACGAAGAGCACCUACCGCCUGUCUCCUAUGGUGGCGCCGUCAUCGUCGAUGGCUUGCCGUAUGGUCUGACAGUUCAUCACAUGUUGGAAGCUCCCAGCGAAGAUGAAGGUCAAGGAAGUAGCCCCGGAGACUCGAAUACAGAAGACCCAUCGAGGUCGGCGGGUAAUUGGCCUCGGGAUACAUCUAAUGCACAGAACCCCGAAUUCAUGUAUAACUAUGCCGAGGACGACCCUGGCUUGAACCUCGAGUAUGAACUUUCUGACAUAGAGGAUGGGGACGAUGCAUCAUUCCCACAAGGCCUUGAGUCUGGGUAUGAUGAGUUUUGGCUUUCGGAUGAAGAGUCGUCGGAUGAUGACUCCCUUGGUGGUGAUGAUGACGACGAUGAUGCUGCCUCAAUUGGCGACACUGCUGGUAUUGAACCCGGUGAAGAACCUCGGCUGCUUGUCACCCAACCCGCCAUUGACGACGUGCACGAUGACUUUUUUCCAUCUCCAGAGGAUCGAGAUGAUGAGCAUCUGGCCUCACACUCUCUUGGCUAUGUCCACGCCUCCUCUGGAGUACGUCGUUGGACUCGAAAAGGCCUCAAACAUGAAAUUGAUUGGGCCCUCAUCAAAGUGGACGAAGCGCGCAUGGACCCCCGCAAUAUCAUCCUCGAUACCACCAGAUCUAGCAUCGCCCGUCCAGGCCGGCCCAUCCCACCACAACCCAUUUUCCUAAAUCAGGUCGCCCAGAUGGAGGAGCUAGGUGGUUUGCAGGUACAUUGCUGUGGCCGGACAAGCGGGCUUCAAACAGGUCAGAUAUCAAAGGCCAUGACGCUAGUCAAGCUGCAUGGCCGGCAUUCUUUCUCGACGAGCUUUUGCGUCAAUGGGAAUUUCGGAGCCCCCGGCGACUCCGGCGCAUGGGUCUUCGACCGCCCAACCGGCCGCGUCUGCGGCCAUGUCCUCGCCUGGUCCGAAAAGACAAACACGACCUACAUCUCCCCGAUGGAGGUAACCCUCGACGACAUCGCCCGUACCCUCAACGCCUCCCUUGUCUCCCUCCCCGGCGAUCCAGGCAGAUCAAUGGCCUACGCCGAUCCUACGUCCCCGCCCGGUCAAUACAGAUACCAGGCACAGUUGCCAGGGGACUUUAGCCGUCUAACACUUGGGGGAGGUGGAAGUCCUGGUCCGCCUGUUCCGCCUCAUCCACCUCACUUUCCUCAUCCGCAUGGCCACCCUGGCUAUGGUCGUCCUCCGCCUCCGCCACCGCCUCCCCCGCCUGGCUCGCGUGAAGCCCAUGGCCCUGUAUAUCGGAGCCCUGUUCCUCCGAUUCCUCCGUCUCUUAUGAGUGGACCGCGCAGUAUUGAGAGACAACUUGCUUGA